AUGAACUCGCUGUUCAGCCACGCAGACCGUGGAAGUAUACGAACAUUAAGACUCACCGAUGCAUAUUAUGUGGACCGAGCCAUUUACGAGCCUGUGUUUGCUCCAGUCAAUAGAACCGUUCUGUUGAGUGAACUUCAAGAUGUAUCGGUUCAAGAGGCAGCAAUUACCAAAGAUCUCCUACACAGUCUCUUGGGGUAUGAGGGCAGCUACGUGCGGUUUAGUGACCGUUACAAUCGAAAAGUGUUGCACGAUAGGAUCCAUGGGCCCGACUUCAAGGUUGCAAAGCACUUGGAUGUGAGUCUCAAGACUAUCACAAAGAAGAUUCUUCGAUACGGCAAGUACUACUCGGGACUCAAGCUGUUUGCGGAAAUAUAUGAUAAUCCACAGUUUGGCCGUGUAAACCAGAGCUUGUGCUGGGAAAUCAGGAACUUUUUAGACCAAUUUGAAAAGCUAGUACUAACGUUUGAGGGGGCCUACAAUUACAAUGGCUCAUUCACCUUGAACCGCAUGGACAACGACAUCUCCACUAAGUGUGCAGAUACCAUGGUACAUCUCUACGAGAUUGCUUGUUCAGUUCACACAGAUACCGAAGACAGAAACCCGGAGUUUCGAUCGGCCCAGAGCCCUGAAGAGGUAGGCUUGUCCGACAAGUCCAAGGUGCCCAACUUCAAUGUUUUUCUUAAGUACAUACGGGAGGAUCUUCAUCAAACAGGUUCCAUAGAACUCUCUACUGAUACGAACAGGUUUGAAGUGUGCAAAGGUGGGCUAGUGUUGCAAAUCGUGGCUCGACGUAUUAGCCAAUAUAUGGGCGACGCUGUGUCGUUCAGAUUCUUGUCUCAACUCUUCGAUUCGAUCAGCAAACCGUACAUUGUUCUCUUAAACCAAUGGCUUGCUGAAGGUGAGAUUGACGACCCAUUCCAGGAAUUCUUCAUCAAGAAAAACGACCUUCCUACCAACAUCUUCUACUCAAACAUUGAAAAGCACUGGGACGAGCUUUACGUCAUAAAAGUUGAUGGCAUUAUGGAACAAUUCGAGAGCAAAGAGCUACAGACACAAGUGUUGGCUACGGGGAAAUAUCUCAACAUUUUCAGACAAUGCACGGGAAUCUCCAAGAUCAGCACCUUGCAAGAGUCAAACUUGGUCGCAGCAGAACCAAGACACAUAGAGAGUCUCUACUCGCAAGACUUGUCUAUCAAAGUGAAGCAGUUUUAUGAUAGAGCAAACAAUCUACUAUUGAGACUAUUAUUCGAGGGCUACGACUUCCACAAACUCAUGUCGUAUCUCCACCAAACAUUCCUCCUUAAGGAUUCAUCGCUAAUUGACAGUUUUCUUGAAAAGUCUUUUCAAGACUUGAGUCGAAACAAAUACCAUGCGUCUACAAUCAAACCUAUCAAGACAUACAAUGAAUUAUUUUUGAAGAAGAAGGUAUUUGAGACCGUUGAUAUCAAUGUUCCCAACGACUCCGUUAAAGUGGAAAUCCAUGAGGUAUUGCAGUACUGUGAAAAAUUCACCGUUGACAGCAAUAGCUUCUAUGAGAUGGCAGAGGAGAUCAUUAACAUCCGAUCUUUUGAUGUCGUUGACGACAUUCAAAAUGAUCACAACGCAUCCAGUGCGAUCAGCAGACUAGUAAGCAAGUCCUUGCAAAGAAGACCCAUUGACCUGUCGAGUUCAGGGGGUUCCAGAGGGCAAGAUCCAAUUGAUAACUAUACUAUCGCUGGUGUCAAUAUCGACAUUAAUUUCCCAUUUCCCUUAAGCUUGAUUAUUAGUGAGAACUUUGUAUUCGAGUAUCAGCUUCUAUUCAAACUUCAAAUGAUUCUUAAGUUUGCGAGCAAGUACACCGAGCAGUGCUGGAAAGAUAUUAACUUCUCGACGGUGUGGAAACAUAAGAAUUUUUCGAGACCCAUAAAAAAGCUUAUUCUUCGCUGCAGAGUAUUGAACUCUCGAAUGAGAAACAUGCUCAACGAGAUACAGAACUACUUAAACUUUACAAUUGUGGAGUCAAACUUCAAACAACUUGACCAAUCCCUCACUGAAUUCGAGAGAACAUCAAAGAAUGUUCCACAAGCUGCAGCAAACACCGAAACAACGUAUUCAUCUCAAUUAUUCCUGAGGCAUUUGUCCAAGAACAACGAUAUCUUCACUGAGAAGAUUCUAGCAUCUACAAAUCACCACCAGAACCAUUUGAAGACCACCCCAGAAGACAAUAGUAACGAAUUGAUUGAGUUGAGCAACAAAAUUGGCACCUAUUUGAGUAAUACAUUGAGAGACUCUAUGAUUACCAGCAACAGUAUGCUUACUUGUUUACGAGCCUUGUUGAAUGGGACAAUACAGUACAACAAUACGGUCAGCAGGCUCAAAAAAUCACUUAUUUCUAUGGACGAGGAACUUCUUCAAGCCUUCAGGCAAGAUUUCCCGGACAAAUUCGGACAGGUUGAGAUUUCCGAGGCACUAGUCAACUCGCGUAUUGCUGGACUCAGCGAGAUAUUAACAGGCCAUUGGAACCUAUUCAAUACGAACUUACAGGAGUUUCUUGAAUCACUUCGCAGCGUAGGAGCCGAAAAUGCUCUCAUGAACGUGCUUGUGGAGAAGUUGCAGGUUGUGUGA